AAUAAAUUUUGACGACAAAUGGGCAACGGGAUCGGAAACUUGAAGCACUGUUUCGCCGGAGACGGCGGCGAGAUUUCCCGGCGACGCCAUGAGAUCGCCGUGUAUAUAUCCGAUCCUAUGGAUGAAGGGCUGGGCCAUUCUUUCUGCUACGUAAGGCCCGACCCAUCGUCCAAAACUAAUCCAUUCUCCGAUGACUACUCCUGCUCUUCCGCCGCCACCAGCACCACCGGUUCUUCCAUUACGACGGCGUUUCUCACCAUUUCCGGCGCCUCCAUCUCCGCCAAUACUUCCACCCCGCUCUCCACGGCCCUCGUCGACCUCGGCCCGUACAUGGAAAAGGCCGCGGCUUUUGAGAGCUCCCCGUUUUUCUCCUCCAUCCCUUUGCAGCCCAUUCCCCGGAGUUCCAUUUCCUCCGUCCGGUCCGGCCCGGUUCCGGGGAUUUCCGGGUUCGUCUCCGGGCCGGUUGAGCGCGGGUUCUUGUCCGGCCCGAUAGAGAGGAGCUUCACCUCCGGUCCUCUGGAUAUUCACUGUGAUAAACUCCAUAGGUUCAAACCCAAAUCCAAAAAAUCAAAACUUGUUCGGAAUUUCAAGAAACUUAUGUCAAACCCUCUAUACAAAUUCGGGCCAAGAGAUUCCAAUCCCAAUGGGAGUCAUAGUAAUGGUUUGAGCAGUGAGGGUAGUUUAGUCUAUGAUGAAGAUGAAGAAGGCAUUGAGGCGUUGAUGGCUCAAAAUGUGCAGUGGGCUCAGGGGAAAGCAGGGGAGGACAGGGUCCACGUGGUGAUCUCCGAGGAACAUGGGUUGAUUUUCGUGGGGAUUUAUGAUGGUUUUAACGGCCCAGAUGCCACAGACUUUUUGCUACAAAACCUCUACACAAAUGUCUUCAAGGAACUGAAGGGGGUGCUGUGGAAUGAAACCAAGAACACUACUGUUCCAUUGGUGAUUAACCAUUCUGAUGUUCUUAAGGGUCUUUCGGAGGGAUUGAGGAAGACUGAAAGGAGCUAUUUGGAGAUAUCUGAUCUGAUGUUGAAGGAGAAUCCUGAGUUGGCUUUAAUGGGGUCUUGUGUUCUUGUGAUGCUGAUGAAGGGUACAGAUGUGUACUUGAUGAAUGUUGGAGAUAGCAGGGCGGUUUUAGGGCAAAAGAGGGAAUGUGAUCACUCCACAGGGAAGGCUAUAGCUGAGGAGGCCCUGUACAAAGCCCUGUCUGACCGGAAACACAAUCUCCAUCCUCUGCAACUCACUGUUGAUCACAGCACAUCUGUUACAGAGGAAGUUGUGAGGAUUAAGAAAGAACAUCCGGAUGAUGCUUCAGCAAUCAAGAAUGAUAGAGUGAAGGGAUCCUUAAAAGUGACGAGAGCUUUUGGGACAGGCUUUCUGAAAAAUCCAAAAUGGAACGAUGCGAUUCUCGAGGCCUUCCAGAUCGACUACGUUGGAACAUCACCCUACAUCAACUGCAUACCUUCACUGCAACACCACAGGCUAGGUCCAAGGGACAAACUAUUGAUCUUGUCCUCAGAUGGACUUUUCCAGUACUUCACCAAUGAAGAAGCUAUCUCCGAGGUUGAGACGUUCAUGUCUAUAUUCUCUGAUGGAGAUCCCGCUCAGCACCUAAUCGAACAAGUAAUCUUCAAAGCUGCUAAGAAAGCAGGGAUGAACUUCCAUGAGUUGCUUGAUAUUCCACAAGGACAGCGGCGAAUGUACCAUGAUGAUGUCUGCAUCAUUGUCAUCUCUUUCGAUGGAAGGAUUUGGCAGUCAUCCAUCUAAUCCAGGGAAAUUCUGGGACUGAUAGAGAGAAGCUAAUUGCUUUUCUGCUUUAACUGUUCUAUGACCCCCAUUUUUGUAAUGUGUUCAUAGUUCACUAAUAGGGGCUUAUUAUUAGUUAAGGUAGAUGAUGAUGUUUCUUGAUCUGAGGGUAACUGGAUCUCUAUCCCCUCAGAGAUGAUAGGAAA